GUGGUCGUUAUCAACACUCCAAGUGAUUUUUUCAAGAUAGGAUUGGACUAUCUGUUAUUGGAUAAAAAUGUCGCAAUUAAUUCCUGACAACAUUGACAUUGCGUGCUACUACACUACGAAACACUCAUGGAGAGGAAAAUACAAGCGAGUGUUUUCUGUUGGAACGAAAGGAAUCACAACUUAUAAUCCAUCAACAUUAGAAGUAACAAAUCAAUGGCCGUAUAGUGACUUUGCUGGAAUUCUUGCGGAAAGCAAAUCAAAGAAUUUAAAUGAAUUUAUCAUUUCAUUGCGAAAAACUGGAAAAAAGAAUGAUACGAUGAGAUUCUCUUGCGACCAUAGGGCUGAUGUUAUCACUGAAGCAUUGAGAUACUGCAAGCAUUUUUCUGAAGCAUAUCACAAGGUUCAAAGAUUCAAUGCAAGGAAACAUCAUUGGAGUGAUACAAGACUUCCAGUUUUAUUGGAGGUUGGAGCAGGAUCUCUUCAUCAACUCGACCCAACUUCAAGCAGAGUUCUGGCUUCUUAUGACUACAAAGACAUUGAAGGGUUCACAGAGGUUUCAGGAUAUCCUGGUGGAUUUGCUGUUAUUUACAGUUUCAGUAGAUUGCAUUUAUUCAGUUGUACAAACCCUGAUGAACUAAUUAAAGCAUGUGUAGAUGCUGCAUCAAGGAACGUUGGAAUUCAACUUAAGAAACGAAAAGAUCCGAUCUCAUUCGAUCAAUUCGUGAAUUAUCGAUUUGGAAAAUUUAGCGAUGAUGAACAAGUAACAAGUGUUGCGGAAUUCUCGGUGCAGAAAAUAACGCAUAGAGUUAAUGAGCCUGUAAGAAGGACGUUAUGCCUGAGUGAAUCCUGUAUUAUUGAAAGAGACCCAGCAACAUAUAAUAUCGUGACAUUGAGACCUUUAUCUGAGGUAUUUUCACUUGUGCGGGACGUUGUAAACCCUCAGAAGUUUACAAUAGAAUAUUGCAAAGGACAAAGAAGGUAUUAUUUAUCAACAGACAGAGAUUCAUUGCUUGCUACUCUAUUAGACGGAGUCAGAGCAUCUGGCAACAGGGAUGUUUGUGUGAAGAUGAUAGAAACGAACCUUGGGCAGAGGAUGGGACCAAUGUACGUCCCAGUAGAAGAAGACGUUGAAUCAUUACAUCUAAGAUUCCUAGCUCAACCUCCAACCGGAAACUUUGCUGAUGCAGUGUCUAGGUUCAAUAAUUGUAUCCAAUAUAGUGGGUUGCUCUGGGCUGUAAAACAAGAUGGAUUCUUCUCAGAAAAUAAAGAGAAACUCAUCAAUGGUGCAAUAAAUGCUUUGCUCGAGAAAGAAGGUGAUCAAAACAGCAUAUCAGACAUGGAAAUGGAAUCUCAGUUUCAUGCAGUCAGACGUCUCGUUGCAUCAAAGGCUGGUUUUAUGGCUUUCACUCAAUUACCCAAGUUUCGAGAAAAGCUUGGUCUGAAGGUUGUGAAAGCCUUGAAGCGUGAAAAUGAUGGAGUAAUGCAUGCGGCUUGCGAUAUGCUCGCUACCUUACUAUGUCCUAUGCAUGAUGAUUAUGACCUACGUCAAGAACAAUUGAACAAAUCAUCUCUUUUGUCAUCGAAGCAAUUUCUGCAAAGUCUAUUGGACCAGUUUGCAAUAAGAGUGAAUAAAGGCAGAGGAGCUUUAGUAAUCAGUGCAAUGCUGGAUUUCCUCACAUUUUCAUUGUGCGCUCCACACAGUGAGACAACAGACGGGAAAUGUUUUGAACAACUUUUACAAAUGGUUGCAGAUAUGGGUAGAAGCAUAUUCAAGUUAUUUCAGCAUCCUUCCAUGGCAAUAGUGAAAGGAGCAGGGAUGGUCAUGAAAGCAAUUAUAGAAGAAGGAGACUCUGAGACCGCAGCACAUAUGCAAGACUUGGCCCUUGCUGAGGGAGCUCUGCCUCGUCAUCUGCACACUUCCAUGUUUACUGUAUCAACAGACAUGAGGAUGUUGACCAAUCGCCAACUGAGCCGCCAUCUUGUUGGAUUGUGGGUAACUGGUCACCCUAUUGCUAUGGGACUUCUGAGAAGAAUACUGCCUGCAGGCCUUCUUGCCUACUUGGAUUCAGAAGACAGUGUUCCUGAGAAUGAGCAGGAUCUGAUCAAUAUAAGAGACAACUUGAAACAUGCUAUCGAUCAAACUAAAGGAAAGCAGUCUCAAUGGAAACAACUAGACAAGAAUUUAAAACAGAUUGAAAGAGUUGUCUCAAAGAAAGCGAACAUUCUUCUAACUCAUUGGAGAGAUCAGAUGGGAAUAGCAAGAAAGGAGCAGCCUCAGCAGAAGCCCAUAGUGUUAAGAAAACGAAGACAAAGAAUCAAAUCUGAGGCAAAUUGGCCGUUGUUCUAUUACCAAUUCACCAUGGAUCAUUCAUUGCCGAACUUGAUUUGGAACUACAAGACACGAGAAGAACUGCGGGACGCUCUUGAAAACGAAAUGAGAGCUUUUAAUGUUGACAAAGAACUUGGUCAAAGUAUUGAAAUAUCCUGGAAUCAUCAAGAGUUUGAGGUUCAAUAUGAAUGUCUAGCCGAAGAAAUCAAGAUCGGAGAUUAUUAUUUGAGACUUCUUCUUGAGGAAGAUGAAAAUGAAGAGAAUGGCGCCAUCAAGAGAUCAUAUGAAUUUUUCAAUGAUCUUUACCAUCGUUUCUUACUGACACCGAAGACAGCCAUGAAGUGCAUGUGUUUGCAAGCAAUGAGCAUUGUAUAUGGGAGAUGUUGGGAAGAGAUCGGACCUUUCAAUGAUACUAGAUACCUUGUUGGGAUGCUGGAAAGGUGCUCAGAUCGACUUGAACGUGACAGGUUGAUUUUGUUCAUCCAGAAGUUAAUAAAACAUAAGAAAAACGUUAAAGAAGCACUCGAUGCAAAUGCAAUCCGAAUUCUUGUUGACUUACUGAGUCUAGCUCAUCUUCAUACAACACGAGCUUAUGUUCCGACUCAAACCAACGUCAUUGAAGGAACAGAUGAAAUGGUAGCGGGAGCUGCAGAGAAAGAAUGGUAUUUUGGAAAUAAGGAAAAAGAGAGACUUGGACCUUACAGUUUCAAUGAGAUGAAAGAUUUCUGGAAAGAUGGCACACUGACACCUAAAAGCCGAUGCUGGGCACAAGGAAUGGAUGGAUGGAGACCAUUACAUGCAAUCCGACAACUGAAAUGGUGCUUGAUGGCCACUGGUCAAGCAGUUAUGAAUGAAACAGAUCUUGCUAUAACUAUAUUAAACAUGCUAAUCACUAUUUGUGAUUACUAUCCAAGCAGAGAUGCAGAUAAUGCUGUGAUUCGUCCACUACCAAGAGCGAAAAGGUUGCUAAGUGAAACUGUGUGUCUUCCCCAUAUAGUGCAGCUUCUCUUGACCUUUGACCCCAUACUUGUUGAGAAAACUGCAGUUGUAUUGCAACAUGUCAUUGAAGAUAAUCCUAUGCUUUCUAGAAUGUAUUUAACUGGUGUCUUCUUCUUCAUCCUAAUGUACACCGGCUCCAAUGUGAUCCCAAUUGGAAAGUUUUUGAAAUAUUUGCAUUUGAAACAAGCAUUCAGGACAUCUGAUGAGAAUGUCUCUGACAUGGUCAGCCACUCAAUCCUUGGUGCAUUGCUACCUGAAGCCAUGAUACAUUACCUUGAGAAUUAUGGUGCUGAAAAGUUUGCUGAAAUAUUCCUGGGAGAGUUCGAUACCCCAGAAGCUAUCUGGAACAGUGAAAUGAGACGUUAUCUGAUUGAAAAGAUCGCAGCCCAUGUCGCAGAUUUCAGUCCACGUUUGAUGAGCAACACCAGAGCGCUGUACCAGUACGUUCCCAUUCCAUCUAUAAGUUAUCCACAACUAGAGGAAGAAUUGUUCUGCAACAUGUAUUAUCUUAGACAUCUCUGUGAUCAAACGAAAUUCCCUGAAUGGCCAAUCAAAGAUCCGAUCAAACUUCUGAAAGACGUUCUGGAAGCCUGGAAAAAGGAAGUUGAGAAGAAACCUCCAACAAUGUCUGAGGAUGAUGCUUAUGAGGUUCUCAGGUUGCCAAAAAAUCAAGGCCCGAUAAACGAGAGCAAAAUCCGCAAAGCAUAUUUCAGAAUGGCACAGAAAUACCAUCCUGACAAAAACCCAGAAGGAAGGGAUAUAUUUGAAGCAGUAAACAAAGCGUAUGAAUUCCUAUGCGCCAAGAAAAAGAAACGUGCAAUAGAUGGGCCUGACCCAGAGAAUAUUUUACUUGUCUUGAAGACUCAGAGCAUCUUGUUCAGCAGAUAUAAAGAAGAACUUGAGCCAUACAAAUAUGCUGGUUAUCCUGCGUUGAUCAAAACAAUAAAAAUGGAAACGACAGAUGAUAAAUUAUUCAGCAAGGAAUCUCCUCUGUUGCCAGAAGCUACAGAACUAGCUUAUCAUACUGUCAACUGUUCAGCAUUGAACGCUGAGGAAUUGAGAAGAGAGAGUGGUUUAGAGAUUCUCCAAGCAGCAUUUACUCGUUGCGUUGCAAUGUUGAGCAACUCUUCUCAGCCUACAGAUGUUGCUGUACGAGUGUGUAUGUACAUAUGCAAGUGUUAUACUGUCGCUGCCCAGUUCGAACAAUGUCGGGAGAAGUUUGUUGAGGAUCCUACGAUCGUCAGAGAUGUCUGCAGAAUAUUAUAUUAUAAGAAUCUUCCGAAAUUAUGCACAACUGCCACCGAGUGUGUGAGUGCUUUUGCGAUGGACAUGGCAAUGCAAACUCAGUUAUUCAAAUCCGGUGUCAUUUGGCAUCUACUCCUCUAUUUAUUCAAUUAUGACUUCACAUUGGAAGAAGGCGGAGUUUCAAAGAGUGAAGAGUCCAAUCAGCAGGAAAUGGCAAACCGACUUGCUCGUCUCUCUGUCCAUGCACUGGCGUGUUUAGGUGGUUACCUCACAAAAGAAGGGGGAAAUCCCCUUGUACAAAAGUCCCUCAGUGCUCUCAUCACUGGAUAUUUGGCGAAUAAACUAGGAGAAGGAAACUAUGCAGAGAAUCGUAUGGAUAAUUUCACUGAGGUACUGAAAAUCCUUAACAGCAAUACAGAGAACCCAUACUUGAUAUGGGAUAAUUCUACAAGAAUUGAACUGACUGAGUUUUUGAAGGAACAACAAAGAAUGGUUAUAAGAACAGGAGAGUGUGAUCCAACAUUUGGGUCAGAUUUUGUGUUCACCGUCCACGGUAAGGAGUUGAUCAUCGGUGACAUAUUUGUGAGGAUUUACAAUGAACAACCUACGUUUCCUUUAAUGGAACCUCAUACUUUUGCAAAGAAACUUCUGGAUUACCUGGGAUCACAGGCCGAGUAUGUCCUAAGUUUAAUGGCACUAAACCAACAACAAAUCCCAAAUGGUGAACAGAGACUACGCAAGGAACAAGGCCAUCCACCUAUUCCACUCAAGCCUACGAAACUGAAACCGACAGGCCAAUCAGAUUUGAUCAGCAUGGAUAAGAACGCUACGAAGCCACUUGUGCCUGCAAAAUCUGUCUCUAACGAUCGACUUGCGAAUUGUGAAGCUGCUCUUCAAGCUUUAUCGAAUGUGAUCAAGAACUGCCCUGGCACAGAAGCAGUUUGCAUUGGUCAUUUCAAGUUGAUAUUUUCACUUCUGAGAGUGGAUAAUGCUUCCAAGAUGCAGCUGGUAGCUUUAGAGGUGCUAAGUGGAGUUACCGGCAACAGAGAAUGCGUUCAAAACAUCGCGGAUUCAAAAAUUACUUCUUUACUGUUGCUAACACUGGAAUCAUUGCCAGCUGGCAGGGGACUCAUACUUGUAACUUUACAUGCUCUUGCAUCCAAUACUAAGAUUGUUAAAGAAGUUUUAGAACAAGGUGGAUUAAUCUACUUGCUUGAUUUAUUCUGCAAUUCCACAACUCCUUCUGUCCGUGAACAAACAGCUGAUCUGUUUGCAAAGCUGUCUUCUGAUAAGUUGACAGGACCUAAGAUCCGAAUUCUUCUGAGCAAAUUCUUACCCUCCAUAUUCAUGGAUGCGAUGAGAGACUCACCCGAGGCCGCCGUUCAUAUGUUUGAAGGAACGCAUGAAAACCCUGAACUCAUCUGGAAUGAUGAAGCCAGAGAAAAAGUCUGCUCUACUGUCAAGAAUAUGGCUUUAGAACACUACAAGAAGCAGACACUAAAUCCUGACCUAACAUGGAAACUCCCUGAUGAUUAUGUUUCUGCAUUUGUUAAUGAAGCAGUAGGAGAGGUCGUGGUGGCAGGAGUGUAUCUUCGUUUGUUCAUCGCUCAACCAGGAUGGGUGUUAAGAAAACCGAGAGAGUUCACAGUAGAAAUCAUGGAGAAAUUUACAAAGCUGGUUUCAAACCCGGGAUAUCAGGGUGAAGCUCUUGAAACAGUCACACAAGCCAUUUGCUGUCUGUUCACUUCUCAACCAGCACUUGCAGAACAAGUUCCAACACUUGGGCAUCUACCAACUGUGUUCAAAUACAUGGCCAGUAAAAAUGAUGCCGUACCGAAAGCCUGCAUUGCAGUGAUUCAUAUACUGUCAGAUAAUGAGAGUUGUGUCCAUGCUUAUGCCUUGACUGAAUGCAUACGACCACUCAUGCGUGGUAUGAAAACCAGACCAGAUCAGAUCGGAAUAGCAUGUGAUGCCAUGCAUAAAAUGUUCACAGUGGACCAGAGCCCUCAACUCAUACAACAGGUCCUCAAUGCAGAUUUGAUUCCAUUCCUACUUCGACUACUUGAGGGAGAAGGCAUGCAAGGAGUGCCGAACGCUGCUCAAACUAAGGCCCAGAUUGUUAAGUCAUUAAAAGCGAUGAUGGGAAGCUUCGAACAUGGAGAAGAAAUUCAAGGUAUUUUAGAGAAGUCCAGCACUUGGGCAGCUUAUAAAGACCAGAGACACGAUUUGUUUAUUUCUAAUACUAAUAUAUCUGGUUAUCUCACUGGAGGGCCCACAACAGCAGGAUACCUCACUGCAGGUCCAACACAAAGUAUGAUGCCUCAGAAACCCCCUCCAGUGGACGAAAAUUGAAGAGAUCUGGAAACCAUUCCGAAUCAGGGGAUAGUCAACAAGACAGUGUUCGCCCGUAGCACCAAUUACUCUAUCAUUAAAUCAAAUACCUAAUUUAUGCCAUGAGAGAUCAUAUAUUAUUAUGCCUCAUAAUGCUGUUUUGGGAAGCAAUCUUGAUAAAUAAUAAUAAUAAUCAAACAGAUUAUUCUUAUCCAUUGGAUUGUGAUGGCUGCAGGGCCAAGUGUAUACCUAAGUGAAUUAAUAAGGUAUUUGGAUUAAACUUGAUUAAAGUAUAAAAUGAUUUUAAAAUUCAAAUCCAUCUUAUUUAUGGAAUGAGCUUUCUUUAUCUUGUAUUCCCAACAUAGUUCAAUUUCCUCGCUACUAGACUGGCUAUCUCUUCGUUAUAUUGCCCACAUAUGAAAAUCUACUAUUAUAACCUAUUUAAAUCUAAUUAUUGAAGUAUAAAAUAAAUUGUUAAAUUCAAAUUUUUCAUACUUUGUAUCAGACAUGCUUAUGUAACCUGUAUUCUCAACAAAAUACAAUUGGCACAACCAACUAGACAGGCUAUUUCUUCAUUGGUUUGUUAGUGACCCAUGUAUGAGGGUAUAAUUUGACUAUUUGAAUCUAGUCGUCUAUUCCAAUACCCGACAUGGACUGGUAACAUGACAAAAGGCUGUAGCUUUCCAUGUGAUUAAGUCUUAUCAACUUUCCUCUUUUCCGGGAUAAACAUGGGAUUCCUGUUUUAUUCUAAUAAAUAAUCCAGCGAUAAAAAUGAUCUGUAGAAUUGAAAUUUAUAACAAUAUAUAUAUCAGAUGAGCCCAAUUUACCCUAUAUCUCCUGCAUAUUUCAAUAUUCUCACUACUGAAUGGAAUGGGAUAUUUUCUCAUCGCCAUGUAAGCUAGCCAAUGCUCUGGCCUAAGAAUUGUCUCGGCGAAUAAUUAAUUUCUAAACUGUGACCUAUACAUGAAUAUUGAAGGUUAAAUUGUUAUUAUGUUAUUCAUUUUUGCAACCAAAUUUCACAUUUUAGAUUUUUAAAUAAAAUCAGCUUGCAAUAUUAUUAUAUAUUCAUGUAUUUAAAAUAUGAGGACAAUUAUAUAAAAUUGAAUAAUUUUUUGCUAAUAAUAUUCUUAUAUCAGGACUUCCUAAUUAAAUUAUGGCAAUAAUAAUAUUGAGAAAAAUCUGGACCAAAAAUUUUGUCCGAUUUGAUAAAUAUAGACAAUUUCUUAGCAAAUAUUUAUCCAGUAUCAAGAGAUUGCUUUGGAAUUACUGGCCUUAUUUUUGAGCCAUUUUGAUUCAACAAUCACUUCUGAUUUCUUAUUAUUAUCGUGGGUAUUCUUUUUUUUUUUUAAAUAUUUUGUGAAUCGCCUCGUCUUAAGAGUUCACCAACUUAUUCAAGUAUAGCCACAUAGUCUCACCCAGUGAAGUUCAAUUCGGACUCGGGGUGUGAAAACGCACAACAAAAGUAAUUUGUUUGUCUAUUAUUACAAUCUGUGUCCAAGAGAAUACAGUUUUACAGUUCGGGAUACAUGUGAAUUGGCCCUGGGUGCUCUAGGUAUGACGCAGUACAGAAAAUCUGCUACUUAAAUAGCUCUGUAAUGUCAUUAGUUACUUCACCUUUGACUAUAUACAUAGUUAAAAUUCUUAUGAUUGUCGGCCAUAUCAUCGAUGUCGAUCGUUAUAUUAUAUCCUAUUAUGAUUGUUAUUCUGCAAGACUUAUUAUAUCUUGAUUUUGUUUAUGUAUUUUCUGCCUGCUAUUUUAUCUGUAAUUUAAAAUUCACUUAUUUUAACAAAAUCGCGCCAUUGAUGAUAAUCGGCGCUUCGUCAACGGCUUUGUUUAAGUCGUCAUUUCUGAUUAUUAUGUAAGAAUCGCAUACGUGCAAUGUAAUAAUUGUUUCAUCAUAAUGUUCCGCGAUUAUCCACGUGUACUCGCUUGAAAUUAAAUAGUAAAAACGUUUAUUA